AUGUUCUUUGAUAACAAUUUAAUAAUGGAUUUCACGAAUUCUACAGACCAGCAACAAAAACGCGGAUUUAGUCUUUUCGGAAACUAUAACUUACAUGAGCCGGCUACUGAUAUUCCGGUUCAUUCAUCUGCUGGCACAAGUGCUAUUUCACCAUUUUUGAAUUUCGAUCCACAAGUAUUAAACACCGGUGGUUCACAAUUUAUCGUACCUGAAGGACAAAAAGAGAAACGUGGUCGAUUAGAAUUGAUGUUUUUCACCAUUGGUGGUUCAGUUAUUGCUGGAAGUAUGAUUGGCAGUGCAUCAGGAUUGUAUCGUGGUGUACGAGAAACAAACCACCUAACUGGAUCAGUACGAACUUCAUCAAUUAUUAACUACGUUGCUCGUCAGGGUGCUACAACUGCUUCGGCAAUGGGUUCGAUAGCAUUGAUAUACAGUUUAAUCGGUACCGGUCUGAGUUGGGGGCGUGAAGUCGAUGACGAGCUGAAUACUGUGGCGAGUGCUGGUCUUACCGGUCUUCUCUAUCGAUCAACUGCUGGUUGGAAAGGUGCUCUGAGAGGAGGCCUUUAUGGUUUAGGCAUAUCGUCGUUAUAUGUGCUUGCUACUUCCAAAGAACGCCUUCAUCCUUAUGCGUAG